AUGGUUACCGCUUUUGCCCAAUGGAUGAACUACAUCCCCCUGAACAUCGUACAAGCAGCUUCGAACGCUAAAGCUGACAUCAACAUCCGCUUUUCUCCCCUCGGUCGAGACGAUACGCGUUACGGUUUUACGUCCAUGGUCUCUGAUGGCACCUCCAUGUCGUCUGGCAACAUCAAUGUAACCUUCAAUGACGACUACCAGUGGACGGACGACCGUCUCUUUGGAUAUACAGCUGUUCAUGAGAUCGGUCACGCUCUCGGGAUGAGCCACAGUGGCGUCGAGGCAGCCAUCAUGUUCGCCUACUACGAUGGUAGCAUACGCCCUAUGCAUCCAGACGACAAGAUGGGUAUACACAGCAUCUACGGCUGGAGGAGCCCGGCUUGGAAUCGUAUCGAUUCAGGCUCAGUAAUCACGAAUAUGAUCCAAGUCACGUCCAACACAGCUACUGCUUCGGCCAAUGACGGUCUGUACCAGAUGCGUUCAUCGGGGCAGAUUCUUCGCUACUCAAAUGGUGCGUGGGUAGUCGCCGACAACAACAAAGAUACUGCCCAAAUUACCGGUGCAAAUGGAAACCUCUACCAACGACACUACGAUGGAGGUACCUUCCGCUGGACAGGCAGCGCAUCGAACUGGCAAGCUCUUAGCAAUACCGACUCAAAUGUCAUUGAGAUCGUCGCUGCAUCCGACCAACUGUACUCGCGGCGCAAAGAUGGAUGGGUAGCCCGGCUCUCUGGCAGUACAUGGCUUAGUAUCGAGCAACCUUCCGCCCCUGGCUCCAAACAGAUAGCCGUCACCGACGACAAAACACUUUGGAACUUGCUCACGAACGGGUAUCUUGUUCGCUCCCUAUGGCCUCACAAUUCAGGCCAAUGGGCCAUCGUUGACGACAACGCGAAGAAUAUCGCCAUCGCAGUUGGCGGCAACGAAUUCUACAAAUUGCAAAGCGAUGGCUUAGUAGUGUGGCUGAACACUGCUGGUCCUAGCUGGAAAACGAUUGAGAAAGCUGGAAGUGUGGGUAUAUAUGCUGUUGGGGGCUUGUUGUAUAGUAGACACGGUGAUGGGACUCUAUGGAGAUAUACUGGGACGCCGGAAUUGUGGGAGAUGAUAGACAAUAGGAGUGGCAUGGCUGUCAGUGUUGUGGGUGAUCGGGCGGGAGGGGUUUGGGGGUUGUCGAGCGCUAGUGAGGUCUGGACGUUGGUUUCGUGA